AGAGAAGGCCACGCCCCCCUGGGCAAACGUGAGCCGUAGGAGCGGAGAGCCUCUGUUCGAACCAGCAGCGGAGCCGCACCGGACCUCAUCCCCGCACCGGACCUCAUCCCCGCGGGGUCCAUUCAGCAACCCGAACAGCGCGAAGAGAGCCGGCCAGCAUGCCCAACUGGGGAGGAGGCAACAAGUGUGCGGCGUGUCAAGGGACGGUGUACCACGCCGAGGAGGUCCAGUGUGAUGGGAAGUGUUUCCACAAGUGCUGCUUCCGCUGCAUGGUGUGCAGGAAGGGGCUGGACAGCACCACGUUGGCGAGCCAUGACCAGGAGAUCUACUGCAGGUCGUGCUACGGCAAGAAGUACGGCCCUAAAGGGUACGGCUACGGGUCUGGGGCCGGGACGCUGAACAUGGACCGCGGUGAGCGGCUGGGCAUCAAGCCGGAGCAGACCCAGUGUCACAGACCCACCACCAACCACAACCCGUCCAAGUUCGCCCAGAAGUUUGGAGGUUCUGAGAAGUGUUCCCGGUGUGGAGAGUCCGUCUACGCCGCCGAGAAGAUCAUAGGAGCAGGCAAGCCUUGGCAUAAGAACUGCUUCCGCUGUGCCAAAUGUGGGAAGAGUCUGGAGUCGACCACGCAGACGGAGAAAGAUGGAGAGAUCUACUGCAAAGCGUGCUACGCCAAGAACUUUGGACCUAAAGGCUUCGGUUAUGGCCAGGGUGCUGGGGCUCUGGUCCAUGCCCAGUGAAGAGCUUCAUCAUCUCCUCAGUUCAUUCCUCCUCCUCCUGUAUGACAGGAAAACCAGUGUAUACUUUGACUUCCGCCUUCUGCUGACGUUCAUCUUCUGCCUGUACAUUCUCCUGUGAAACGAGUUUAGUAUUCCACAACCUGAGCAAUUUACAAUUAAACUUUUCCAGACGAAACAAUUUUGACCCCCCAAUCUUUGU